GUGAUGCCGACGAGUCUCUCAGUGGUUCCAGAAUGCUACGGGUGCUACCCCUGAGAAGUCUUCGAGUGACAAGGCUGCCAUCGUCUGCGCGACUUCCCGAGUCUCACGCGCCUGCAAAUGCCACGAGAUGGCUUCCACGCGGUUUUGAAGAGCUUACGAGCUUGAAGGUGCUGGUACUAGACGGGUGUGGAGUGCUAGACGAAGUUCCACGACUGGGCAGGCUUUGCGAUCUCCGGCGGCUAGAACUCACGGGCUGUCCCACAAUGGAGCGCAUCCUAGAAACCAUGACUUCACAACAAUCACAACAAGGAGGCGGCGACCAGGAACUUAAAAUAUCGGACUGCCGGGAGUUUGCUCGCUUCCAGACCAAAGUUGACGAGUUACGGAUUAUACAUUUCAGGGUGUGAAAAAGCUGCACGUCUCAAGCUGCGAGAAGCUACAUAAACUUUCGUCUCCCUCGACAUGAAAAGCUCUCGCUAAAAGGCUAAAAGGUUAGCAUCUCACACUGCGAGAAGCUUGCCAGAGUUCCUCUUAUUCCAGGCUCCGGCUGAGCAACUUGCCUUCGCUGCUCGAGAUUGCCGAGAGUUCGCCGGUGGCAAUGCAUGUCUCGUAUUGCGAGAAGUUGCCACGAGUUCCUCCCAUGCGGGGGAUCCAGCGGCUUUUCCUGAUGGAUCUACCAUCUUUGGUCGAGAUUGGCGAAGGUUGUAUGGCCACGCUCGAUCGGCUGGAGGUUUCAGGUUGAAAGAAGCUGGACAAACGUCCUUACGCUGAUCUUCUUCUACUUUCAUCACGGAACGAUAUCCAAAUGAUGAUGAAGAGCGAUAAAAAAACACGGAAGAUCUUUAGCACGAGAUUACAGAUUGCAAAUGUUUAUGCGUUUUGCAGCAAGCACGAAGGAGCAAAAGUCAGCAAGUUAGGCUCCACUAUAAAAUCAUGGGCGUAAAUUUCACCCAAAAGCUGACACGAGAAAGAGGAGCACUCGCCUGCGCCUGUGCCCAGUCCACACCACCACACGGCAAAAGUUUCGUUCCGAGUUGCUGUUUGACAAGUCUUUCCAAAGUGUGUGUAGUGAAAUCAAUAUAGACGGUGGAGUACGUGGUUCCAUGCAAAGACUUUAAUUUCCAUUUUACGCCAGGUGGUGUAAUGCCGGUA